AUGUUCGACGAUGACGAUUUUCCAUUUCGAGCGAUGGGAGCAAUGGGGUGAGUCAUUUUUGGGCGGAAAAUGAGAGAAAUUGUUAUUUUUGACGAAUUUUCAUUAAAAAUUGAUGAAAAACCGGAAAUUUUGACCAAAAAUUAGAUUUUUAAACCAAAAUUUGCGCUUUUUCGUGGAUUUCUAGGUCGUUUUCAUCAAAAAUCACUCCGUGGCCUAGUUUUCGCAUUUCCUGGCCUAGAAAACCAAAUUAUCGAUUUUUCCAGCCAAAUGCACCGCGCAAUGAUGCAAGAUAUGGAUUCAAUGAUGUCCUCGAUGCUCGGCGGCUCUUCUAUGCCACGUGGCGGCCCAAUGGGCGGCGGCCCGUUCGGAUUUCCGGGCUUCGGUGGCCCGAUGUUUGGCGCAAUGCCAGCUUUGAUGGAUGGAUCUGGACAGAGGCCGACUAGACGAAGACAGGAACUGGAAAUGGACCCGUUUGCCGGUUUUGGUGGAUUAUUGGGUGCUAUGGUGAGGACCUAGAAAACCAAGGGAUUUCUAGGCCCCGAGUGUAAACCGCAAGCUUCCGCUUCAGCGGCCACGUGGUUUACUAUGAUAUGGCAAACGUCAUAGCAAUCCGCGUGGCCGCUUACGCGGAAGCUUGCGGUCUACACUCGCUCCGCUCGAAUUCAAAGCCAUUUUCUGAAAUAUCUGAUAAAAAUCUGAAAACUGGAAUUUUCAGCACAAAUUAUGGGAUGAUUCAGUAACUAUAAACUAGUUUCUGAAUCGUCUCGUGCUGAAAUUUCAGAUUUUUAUCGGAAUUUCAGCGGAGAUGCGGAAGCUAUGCCCAAAUUUCGAGCGCGUUAGCGCGAGUGUAAACCGGAAAAUUCCGCGUAAGCGGCACUAUCUUCCGCUUCAGCGGCCACGUGGAUUGUUAUGACGUGGAAAAUCUUUACUACUAUGGUUCCGCGUGGCCGCUAAAGCGGAAGAUAGUGCCGCUUACGCGGAAGCUUGCGGUUUACACUCGCUCCGCUCGAAAAACCCUUUCCAAGUCCGAUUUCUGAAAUAUCUGAUAAAAAUCUGAAAACUGGAAUUUUCAGCACAAAUUCUGGGACAAUUCAAAAACUAGCUUAUAGUUUCUGAAUCGUCUCAUAAUUUGUGCUGAAAAUUCCAGCAUUUUUCAGAUUUUUAUUGGAAUUUCAGCGGAGAUGCGGAAGCUAUGCCCAAAUUUUCGAUUCAUAGCCGAACUUUUGAGAUUAAAAACUAGUCCCCCACCUUUAAAUUCACUGUUUUCACCACAAUGGCCUAGAAAACCAAAUCAAAAAAUUUCUCUUCCAGACAAAUCCACGUAUGAUGAUGAUGCCACCUGUCGGCUCAUCUGGCACGGCGCCAAACAUGUUUGUUAGCACAAGUAUGAUGACAAUGGGUCCGGAUGGAAAACCGCGUGUCGAACAGCAAACUAUGCACAAAACUGGAAAUGUGACAGAGACCAAGAAGUACGGUAACUAGUCCGCGGACUAGAAAACCAAACGGGAAUUUUCUAGGCCACCAGCUAGGUUCUGGUGGCCUAGAAAACCAAAUUUCCUGAUUCUUGUCAUAUUUGAUAUCAAAAUGCCCCGUUUUCUCUCAAAAAUUCGAUUUUUGGCAUCCUAGGCCAUCAAAAACUAGUCCCCGACUUCAAAUCCCGCAUUUUUCCAGGCGAGUAGAUCAAAACGGCGAAUCAACAAUGACAAUUGGACAUUCGAUCGGAGAUCGUAGUCAUUAUAUCGAGAAGAAGCGCGAUAAAGACGGAAAUGUGCGAAAAAAUCAGAAAUUUGUGAAUUUGGAUGAAGGUAUGGUGUUUUUCAUGUGAAAAAUUGAAAUUUUCAAGAUUUUUCACCCAAAAAUCAUCGAUUUCCAUCAAAAACCACACAUUUUUUGAGUGGGUGUGGUUCACUUUUCAAAAAAAAAAACAAUUUUUUUUUGAAAAGAAAGGUCAGGUGUUGUUCUUCUUGUUGUGAUUUUUGAGACUGGAACAGAAAAAUGGGGGAAAAUCUAAAAUAGUUCCCAUGGGGAAUUGAUCCCUUGACCUUUUGAUCAGAAAAAUAUUCGAGAAUAUUUGAGCAAAUUUCAAAAAAUUUGAGAUUUUUGAAAAUAGUUCCCAUGGGGAAUUGAACCCUUGACCUUUUGAUCAGAAAAAAAAUCGAGAUUUUCUGACAAAAACAUACCAUUUUGCACCUGAAAAUCCACGUGGAAUUUAUUGAAAUCACCAAAAUUUGCAGUUUUCUAACAGUAGAUGUUAUUUUCUCAUUUUUUCCUUCAAAUUUUGUUUCUUUGGUGUCUCCGGCUUAUCAGAUUUGGAAUUGACUGCAAAACAAAAAAAUAUUGAUUGAAAAAAUGACAUUUUCAUGUUUUCUAAGCAAAUGGGUUGAAAUAUUGGGUUUUAAUCCUGUUCAUAUGAUAGAAUGGUCUAAGACGAACAGAAUGAUAUCAAUUUUGAUGCGUUCAAGUUAUACAUAAGUGAUUUAGCGAGGUUUAGUUGAUAAGAUCACGAAACCUCGCUAAAUCACGUAAAGUCAUCAAAACUUAUAUGAUUCGGUUCGUCUUAAACCAUUCUAUCAUAUGAAUAACAUUAAAACCCAAUAUUUCAACUCAUUUGCUUAAAAAAUCUGGAAAUGUCAUUUAGUCGAUGUCCAGGCAAGCUUCCGCGUAAGCGGCAAUAUCUUCCGCUUCAGCGGCCACGUGGUUUACUAUGAUAUGGCAAACGUCAUAUUAAUCCGCGUGGCCGCUUACGCGGAAGCUUGCGGUCUACACUCGCUCCGCUCGAACCUCCAAGUCCGAUUUCUGAAAUAUCUGAUAAAAAUCUGAAAACUGGAAUUUCCAGCACAAAUUAUGGGACGAUUCAGUAACUAUAAACUAGUUUCUGAAUCGUUCCUUAAUUUGUGCUGAAAAUUCCAGAAUUUUUCAGAUUUUUAUUGGAUUUUCAGCGGAGAUGCGGAAGCUAUGCCCAAAUUUUGAAUCGAGCGCGUUAAGCGCGAGUGUAGACCGCAAGCUUCCGCGUAAGCGGCACUAUCUUCCGCUUUAGCGUGCACGUUUGUUUACUAUGAUAUGGCAAACGUCAUAUUAAUCCGCGUGGCCGCUUACGCGGAAGCUUGCGGUCUACACUCGCUCCGCUCGAAAAACCUUCCAAUUCCUAUUCUGAAAUAUCUGAUAAAAAUCUGAAAACUGGAAUUUCCAGCAUAAAUUAUGAGACGAUUCAGUAACUAUAAACUAGUUUCUGAAUCGUUUGUGCUGAAAAUUCCAGCAUUUAUCAGAUUUUUAUUGGAAUUUCAGCGGAGAUGCGGAAGCUAUGCCCAAAUUUUGAAUCGAGCGACGCAAGUCGCGAGUGUAAACCGGAAGCUUCCGCGUAAGCGGCCACGCCAAUCCGGAGAUAUAAAAACUAACUUUUGCGUUCGAGAAAAGUUAGGAAUGCAGUGAAAAUCACAACAAUUAGGGUAGAAAUAAUUGCAACCACAAUGAAAGCGAACAUUUUUUCGCUGAAAAUUUAAGAAUUUUUGAAUAUUUUGUAAUAAAAAACAUAUUUUCCUAUGGAAAAAUAUAAAUAUGUUUUUUAUUACAAAAUCUGCAUUUUCUAAACUCACUCCUCAUUAUCUUGUUUAUUACGAUUUGUUUUCAAUUCCAAUAUGGUGGUUUUUUCAGUGGUCCCAAUUUCUGCAAAAAAUUCCUAUCUAGGCUGAAAAUCUGACAAAAAUAGAGAAAUCUCACCCAUUUUGUCCCUUUUUGAAAUUUAGAAAUGAAGAACGAACCACGCGAAAAUUCACGUUUUUUUGUGAUUGCUCAUAUUAUAUUUUUUCCAGCCUCAGCCGAAGAUUUUGAUCGCGAAUUUUCACACCGUGUUCGAGCCAACUAUGGUUAUGGAUCUGGAAGAUCGCAUCCAACAUCAGCAGCCAUCGAAAACUCCUCAAGAAAUAAUCCACGUCAUACUGUAUCUUCAUCUUCAAGUUCCGCUAACUCUUCCAGAAAUCCACCAAUUAUAACACUUCCAGAUGAGGAUGAGCCAAAUAGGUUAGAACAUUUUUUAAAAACACAAGAUUUGCAUUGGAGCGCACUUGCGAUUUUUAGUUGAAAAUUUGAAUUUUUCAUAAAAAUACAGAAUUUGCAUUGGAGCGCACUUGCAAUUUUUUGUUGAAAAUUUGAAUUUUUCAUAAAACCCUGACUUAUUCUAUAUCAUUUUGACCCAAAUUCCAGCCCGAUUUCAAAUUUUCAGCUAAAAAUCUCCAAUUUUUUGCAGCUCUUAUCAAUCUUCUUCCUCAAAUCAUCGAAAUGGUCCAAUAAUUCGUGAAAUAAGUGAAGAAGAAGCUGAACAAUCGAUUCCGAAAAGAAGAAAAGGACAAUUUGGCAGAACUUUUCGAGAACAAUAA